AUGCGUCUACUACUAUUACUAUGGUAUUUAAGCAGUGUCGAAGCGUCAUUCAGUUUGUUCCAUAAAUCCAAAUACUUUCGAUUUGGAGAUGAAGUAGACCUUUAUGUCAACAAAAUAGAAUCUGACAACACUCAAUUGCCAUAUGCAUACUAUAGUUUACCAUUUGUUUGUCCGCCAAUGAAUGGCGCCAAGCCCGUGCAUUUAUCGCUUGGAGAAAUUUUACGUGGUGAUCGUAUUUGGCAGAGCGGGUAUAAAUUACAAUUUGGUAUCGAUUACCAGUGUGUGGGGUUAUGUGAUGUAAAAGCAACACAGCUGGUUAUCAGAAGGGCUUCUAACUUGAUCAAGGACGGGUACGUUGUCCACUGGUCAAUUGAUGGAUUACCUGGUGCAACAACUUUUGAAAGUGAUUUACAUAGAAACAAAUACUAUGCUGCAGGAUUUCCUUUGGGAUUUGUCAAGGAUGAUGUUAGCUAUAUGUAUAACCAUGUUGUGUUAGUCAUUAGAUAUAAUAGUAACAACAAGGCUAAACUGGAGGGGAGUCAAAUUGUAGGGUUUGAAGUGUACCCCAAGAGUGUAAGCAAUGAAAAGUGUCCCGGUACAUCAAAGGAUUAUGAAAACUUCCCACUAAUACCCAGGACAAACUCCAAGGGGAAGUUACUUGACGAAAGAACAUUGAUACCAUAUACUUAUUCAGUAUAUUGGAGAGAGGACAAAUCUAUUGACUAUGACGCAAGAUGGAAUAUGUAUUACCAAAACGAGUCAAAUGGCGCACAUGUCAAGAUUCAUUGGUUUUCAUUGGCAAACUCGGUUUUAUUAAUCUUUUUGGGAUCAUUGAUCGUUAUGGUUGUUUUGGUUAAAAUUUUGAAAAAAGAUCUCAAAUCUCCAAGCUUGCCCACACAUGAACAAGAAAUCACUCUUGCUUCUGCAAACUGGAAAAUACACAUUAAGGACAUCAAUUCUACACCUGUUGCCCCUUUGUUGCUAACCACACUAUCUUCAUGUGGUAUUCAAAUGUUGAUUGCCAUGAUAGGUGUUUUGACUUUAUACUCUUUGAAUUUGAUAGGCAACAGCCAUUCAUUUUUUAAUACUCAUCAAGGAGCUUUCUUUUCUUUAUCGAUUUUUUGCUUCAUAAUCUCAGGUUUGAUAUCAUCCUUUGUGGGGAUAAAUCUUUACAAAUUCUUCAGAAAUAAAGUGAAUCAAUCCUUUGACCCAAUAAGGACAAUUGUGCUUUCGUUAGUAUUCAGUUCCGCAAUACCAGCGAUUCUUUUCAUAUUAAUGUUUAUUUUAAACCUUUUCGUAUGGGCAAAGGAAUCAUCUACUGCUUUGCCAUUUGGAACAAUUGUUAUAUUUUUAUUAAUGUUCAUAUUAAUACAAUGUCCUCUUGGAAUAGUAGGUGGAUUUUUUGGAAACAGAUUGACGUUUGAUGUUGAAAAAACGAAUUUGCUGCAGCAAGGUCCAAUAUUGGAAAAACAGGAUUUUCAUACACCUGUCCAAACUCAUUUCAAAUUGGUUUCGGUUAUAAGCUACUUCAAAACUUGCCUUAUCUACGGACUAGUCCCAUUUGGUAUAGUCUAUGUUGAACUACUAUUCAUUUUCAAUUCAGUAUGGUUGGAAAAGACUACUUUUUAUUACAUGUACGGGUUCCUUUUCAUAACUACACUAAUGCUACUUAUAAUCAUAAUUGAAUCAACUAUAAUUGCAAUCUACAUCUCAUUAGCUUUUUUUAAUAGCUCCGAUUGGUCAUGGCUUUCGUUCCAAGUUGGUUCUAGUGUAGCUUGGUACAUUUACGCAUACUCCAUCUACUAUUUUUGGAAAGUCAUGAAUGUUGAUGACUUUAUUAGCAGUCUACUAUAUUUCAGUUAUAUGGCACUAGCUUGUUUCAUCAUAGGCAUAGCUUGUGGUUCAGUCGCAGUGCUCACUGGUUUGAUAUUUAUAGGAAAAGUAUACCGAUCAAUAAAGAUAGAAUAA